GCGAUGAUGGCCACUUACCAAAGCCCCGAGGAGGACCAGAUGGCCUUGAUGAUCCAUGACACCAACACCAGCAAGGACAAGGAGCGGCCCAAAGAGGAGCCGGUCCAGGUGAAAGUCACGGAGAAGCCGGACCCGUCCCAGAAGCCCCCCUACUCGUACGUGGCUCUGAUCGCCAUGGCGAUCCGGGAGAGCUCGGAGAAGCGGCUCACGCUGUCCGGCAUCUACCAGUACAUCAUCAGCAAGUUCCCCUUCUACGAGAAGAACAAGAAGGGCUGGCAGAACAGCAUCCGGCACAACCUGAGCCUCAACGAGUGCUUCAUCAAGGUGCCGCGCGAGGGGGGCGGCGAGCGGAAGGGCAACUACUGGACCCUGGACCCGGCCUGCGAGGACAUGUUCGAGAAGGGCAACUACAGGAGGAGGCGCAGGAUGAAGCGCCCCUUCAGACCCCCGCCCACACACUUCCAGCCCGGGAAGGCCCUGUUCGGGGGGGACGGCUACGGGUACCUGAGCCCGCCCAAGUACCUGCAGUCCAGCUUCAUGAACAACUCGUGGCCCCUGGGCCAGCCGCCGGCCCCCAUGUCCUACACGUCGUGCCAGAUGGCCGGCGGGAACGUGAGCCCGGUGAACGUGAAGGGGCUCACGGCCGCCGCCUCCUACAACCCGUACUCGCGCGUGCAGAGCAUGGCGCUGCCCGGCAUGGUGAACUCUUACAACGGCAUGAGCCACCACCACCACCACCCCGCGCACUCCCACCACCACGCGCAGCAGCUGAGCCCCGCCACGGCGGCGCCUCCGCCGGUCUCCUCCAGCAACGGAGCGGGCCUGCAGUUCGCGUGCUCGCGCCAGCCCCCGGAGCUGUCCAUGAUGCACUGCUCCUACUGGGAGCACGAGAGCAAACACUCGGCCUUACACACGAGGAUUGAUAUUUAAACUCAAACUGCUCUUUAUAGAAAACUGUAAACAACAACAACUUGAAGACUGAAUUGAUUCCUGUGGUCUCCACAGAACCAGCAGUAUUUUAAAGUGU